AUGCCGCGGCACGACGAGCGACCUGCCUCUCGCCGUCACAGCACGUACAUUUCGAGCAAUAGAUCUGCUUUAUCUGAGCGAUUGAGGAGAAUGGGCACCAUCACCGACCUUCCACCCGAACUGCUUGAGCACAUCAUGAAGAUGCGCGUACACGACUCGAGCGGAGCCGCGACCGCUCGGUCAGCUGAGGCUGUACAUCGAUGCUCUCCCUUUGACUACAAGCUCACACACGUCUGUCAACGCUGGAGAUGCAUCGCGCUAGCAUGCUCAGCACUCUGGUCAACCAUCCACCUCUCCAAAGCGCCUGAAUGGAUUGAACUUUGCCUCACACGCUGCCCGAACGGCCCUCUCGAUCUCCAUAUACAUGUACAGGCUCUCUGGAUUGAACCUCAGCUCCGACAGGCCAUUCAAAUGAUCUUGCCUCACCUGCAUAGGGCACGCUCUAUCGACUUGCAUCUCGGUCUCGACCUUCUCCAUCUUGACCAUCGCGGUCGUCAGGAGAUCGUCUUCCUCAUCGACGUUCUGGAGGCUCUCACAAACACUAUUGCGAGUCACACAGCCUCUAUACUUGAGGAAAUGGAUGUCAACUUUCCCUACCAGCUCGUCGACGCUUUUAUACGUAGUCCCAACUUUCCAUUAACGGAAGAAGUUCGUCGCGAACAAGUCGCGCGUUUGAGGGACAUUUCCUUUACCGACCAUCUCGCUAGAAAAGCAACAUCGUUGCGUGCAUCUUCAUUGUUCCAUCUCGUGCUUUACAAUGUUCAGUGCUGGCAUGAUAUCGAUGGGGUGAUCGAAUUCCUCCAAGCCACCCCCUUGCUUGGACGCUUCGUAUACCAUCUUCCUCGGAUUCAGGACGAUGGUGUACCUUUCAACGCCACGCGAUCGCAUAUAUAUCCGCUUCGCUGCGUGCGCCUCGAUGACUUGCGUUACCUUGAACUUGACACCAUGUUCGCCGUUCAAGUCGCCAUCUUCAGCUACGUCGCCAUUCCUCUGUCGACAGAAGUUCACACUUUCGGUUUUUACGAUACCCAUGAUGACGAGAUAUCGAACACGCAUGCCGCAAUGCUUUCCGAAGCACUUGUGUGCCACUUUACUUCCAGGCAGCUUGCAGUCGAUGCUUGCUUUGAUAAAGUGUCGCUGGAUAUAUUCUCAGUCUAUGCAACCAUCUCUCUCCCGCGUACCCAAGCAAACAAGGGUCUCCCCGCUCAUUUCGAGUUCAGUUUCUCUUCAGAUAUGCGCCUCGCCCAGAUCUCCCAAAUCGUUCAUGCCUGUCUUUCGCUGCCACUCAUGCACGAAGCCGACGAAAUAGAGCUUGGUGAAGGCAUGCAUGACAGAUUCCCAACACUUAUUGACGAUAUCAUAUCUUCCAUACCCAAACAUCGCCUGUACUUACCCUGGCGCCACGAGCCUUAA